UGUGAGUGCAUCCUGUGUUCUUCCGCAGUGGUCGACGAACCUGCGAUUCGUGCGGAGUAGGCAGCCAUGGCUGGUGCUGGGAGUGACUGGGACGACUCGACGUUCCUGCUUGUUUUCAUCCUGCUGCAGUGGAUGAACUGGAGGAACGUCGCCGCCAUGGCCGUGCUGCAGGCAGCCGCUGCAUUGCCGGGAGAUGUGCCUGGCGUGUGUUCCGCCCUCUUCCUUCUCACAGGCGCGGUGUUGCACAGCAUGUCGUUGACAUGUUUGGCGGCCUCUGCAUUCGAGAGACAGAUGGACAGCCGCCGGCGGAUCUGGGUGUUGGCAUGCAGUGCAGGAGUGUGGCACGACCUGCAGAAGGUGGGAGGCAGGCACGAGAAAGUUUUUCAGCGCUUUUGCAGACUGCCUAGGCCUUUGUUCAACGAUAUCCUCUGUCGCAUCGGCCCACAUAUCCAGCGGCAAGCAACGAAUCGGCGACAAUCGGUGCCUGCAGGGCAGAAGUUCGCAUGCGCACUCAUCAGGUGGGCGACUGGCGGUUUCUACAGACAGACAGCGCAUGGUUUGGGGAUGGGUUUGGCGAGUGCCCUCAGGAGCAAUGAGGAUGUAGCGGAUGCGCUCAUCACCGAGUAUGGGCAUUUGAUGCAAUUUCCCACAGGCGACAAGCUGCAAGAGUGUUUGGACGCGUUCGAGAGGAAGGGUUUCACAGGGUGUGUAGGAGCAAUCGGCUGCACACACGUGUCCAUCGAGAAACCGAGGAACGAACGUGGAGAGUGCUACUACGACAGGAAUGGUCAAUUCUCCAUAGUCGCGCAGGUCGUGUGCGACCACGAGUGUCCAAUCGUCAGUGCGUAUGUUGGUUGCCCGGGGUCCGUCCACGAUAGGCGUGUGCUCCCUUCGUCUCCUUUGUAUCGUGCGACGCAACAGCAAAGCGGGGUGUUUGGGAUGGGUGGGGAGGUGCUGCGUGAUGGUCGUGCGAUCGGCAGGUAUCUGCUGGCGGAUGCAGGGUACCCGAACUUGCCAUGGCUGAUGACUCCCGUUGGUGGGACAGGGCGGACACCUGCGGAGCAGGUUUACGAUGAUUGUCACACGUCGGCAAGAUUCUGCAUCGAGCGAACUUUCGGUCGAUUGAAGGCCGUCUGGCGGCACUUCAUCAUGAGGCAGAUUUGCAACUUGCGAACGCUCCGCAAAGAGUUUUUCGCCAUCUGCAUCCUGCACAACAUCAUGGUGAAUUCGAGGGUCGAGGUCGACCCCGAUCUCCUAUCUGAUGAGAGUGACACAGAGAGUCCAAGCUUGUUCUGUCGUCGUCGUCGGCGACCUGUGAGGCGCGCAAGACCCGCACGACAUCCUCCUCCUCCAAAGGAGGAUGCCGCGUCUGCUUUAGAGCUUGGCAAGGAGUUGAGGGAAAGCCUCAUCGGACACGUGUGGCAUCACAGUCAUGUGCACGGCGCUCCUAGGCCGAAACCCUGGGGGAUGUGACAUUUUUGUAAUUCGUAGUGUUUUUCAUGUUAAGUGUUUUUUUAUGUUAUAAGUUUCUGGAAUUUGCCGGCCUUUUUCCGUGCUGUCCGAGUUCGAUUUCGCCAUUUACAUGCCUACUCCAAUCGCCGUCGCCGGUUGGUGGACGUGUAGUUUUGGGCAUGUACUUGCCUCUCUCUCUCUCUCUCUCUCUCUCUCUCUCUCUCUCUCUCUCUCUCUCUCUCUCUCAUUCUCUCUCGUUUAUCCAUAUGCAUAUACUGAUGUGUGAUUGAAUGUGAAAUGAAAGAGCACAAUAGAU